AUGCAAUUUGGAGACGACGACAAGAAGGAGCAAACGCCCUUUUGGUUGUUCAUCAAACGAAAGGAGGAGGACAAGGGGAAGACGGAGGGCAGUGAAGGUAAAAGUGCCGCUGAGAUCUAUCGGGAGAGGGAUGAAGCCACAGAGACCGAGACGUUGUUGGAGAGCGACAUUUGCUCGCUGCCGCUGGCGCCCAAGGCUCAUUUGGGAAGCUCCAUCUUGGAGCGACAUCCGGUGCUGCAAGUUUCACUGGGCAAGGAGCAUGGCGUGCUGCUCUCGGACGCGGGAAUUGCCUUCACCUGGGGCGACAACCGCUACGGGCAGCUGGGGCGGGCGCCGGUGCUGAAGGAGGAGAACGGCAGGCCUUUUCCGGUCUUGGGCCUGGAGUCCUGCGAAGUGACUCAGGUUUCUGCCGGGACGCAUCAUUGCCUGGCCUUGGUUGCUCCAGGGCUGGUCUGGUCCUGGGGCCGCAACAAGGAUGGCCAGCUGGGGGUGGGCGAUUACAGGGAUCGAACGCAGCCGGUGGAAGUCUGUCACCCUCCUUUAGCUGACGGUGUUGACUCCACCUUGCAGCUGGGUGCCAACAAGGGCGGGCAUAUCAUCAGCAUCAACGCAGGGCUCGAUUCUUCGCUGGCGGCCGCGGUAAACUCGAAUAUCUGGCAGUGGGGCCAGAUCAGUGGUGGCUUCAGUGUGGCGACGGCUGGUGACAAGACGAAGCACGGAGGGGGCUUGGUGCAGAACAGGCCCUACUGCAUCUUCCGCCAAGACUCCUUCCGUUCGCAGAUGCGCUCAGGGAAAGUCUCGAUCAGCUCCUCGGGAUGUAAAGUGCUGCACCAGGACACGUGCACCGACAGAGUGAGGGUCGAAACCCUGGUCCAAGGCGUGCAGGACAUGCAGGACAGCAUCAACCAGGAACGCCGGGAACUGGCAGAGCUGGAGAAGAAGGCGAAGGCAGAGGAGGCGGUUCGAAAUCCAGGCGAAGCCGAAGACGAACUCUCCACGCUGCAGGACACCAUUGGUCAGUUGGAGCGUGACAUCCGGCUUUGCGAGAAGGAGAUCGAAGCCUUUGGAAAGAGCCUGGAAAGUUGCGACUUGCGACAGGCGCACAACCGAAAACAGCUACAGCAGCUGCAGCAGCAGGGAACAUCCUUGAGAGACCGACAAGACCAGGUCUCGUUGAGCAUCUACAUGGCACCCAAAGCUGGAGCUGAAAGAAGGAAACUCGACGAGCAACUCACAGAGGU